CCUGGGAGGGAGGAGCAUCCUGGGGUCUUCUCUGAUCUGUCAACACCCAAGGUAUUCACAGGAAAUUCAAAGAACGCAGAAUUUAAGAAGUGCAACAUGGCCAGGGGCUGCCUCUGCUUCUUGAAGUACAUGAUGUUCCUCUUCAAUCUGAUGUUCUGGCUCUGUGGCUGUGGGCUGCUCGGAGUGGGCAUUUGGCUCUCCGUGUCCCAAGGCAACUUUGCCACCUUCUCCCCCAGCUUUCCCUCGCUGUCUGCAGCCAACCUCGUCAUUGCCGUAGGCACCGUCGUCAUGGUGACGGGCUUCCUGGGCUGCCUGGGGGCCAUCAAGGAGAACAGGUGCCUCCUCCUCAGUUUCUUCAUCGUGCUGUUGAUCAUCCUCCUGGCAGAGCUGAUCCUGAUUAUCCUCUUCUUUGUCUACAUGGACAAGGUGAACGAGAACGCCAGGAGGGACUUGAAGGAGGGACUGCUGCUGUACAACUCGGAGGACAACGUGGGGCUUAAGAACGCCUGGAACAUCAUCCAGGCCGAGAUGCACUGCUGUGGUGUCACGGACUACAGGGACUGGUACCCAGUGCUGGGGGAGAACACGGUCCCCGACCGCUGCUGCAUGGAGAACUCCCAGGGCUGUGGGCGCAACAGCACCACCCCGCUUUGGAAGAAGGGCUGCUACGAAAAGGUGACCAUGUGGUUUGACGACAACAAGCACGUGCUGGGCACCGUGGGGAUGUGCAUCCUAAUCAUGCAGGUCCUGGGCAUGGCCUUCUCCAUGACACUGUUCCAGCACAUCCACCGGACUGGUAAGAAGUACGACGCCUGAGCUGGCUGGCUGAGCGCCCCGGCCCCACGUGGACACUGUACCAGGGGAGAAUUCAGCUUUGUGUUGCCUGCCCGCACCCUCCAGACUGCUGACCCCUGCGCCCGCCUCCCCACCCGCCUCCCCCGCCAUCCCCCGCAGCCUUUUCGGUGGGAGGACGCUGGGGAGGAGGAGGUGCAGAGACCUGGGGUGCCGAGUUGCCCGAUUCCUGCAUCCGUGUAUUUGCCAAAGAAGACAGGGUGGGCGGGGGCAUGCUCUAGGAGCCCCCAGCACUGAUGGGUUUCUGCCCUGCCCUUCCGCAGCUGACACUUUGUCCCCAUGUGGGGGGAUCGCAGCGCCUCCUCCUGGUGGAGACGCUGCCCAACGAAGGCCCCUGGCGCUCACAGCCGCCCGAGUUGAGGAGAGUGGGUGUGCUAGUGGGGCUGCGGCUGACCGCCUCUGGGCCAGGACCCUGGGAGCAUCUUGCCCAGGCUUUUUAUACCUUACAGUGUAGCUUUUUUAUUUUAUUUUACUCUGAUUACGAUUAUUCAGGAAUACUCUCAGAUAAGUUUAGGGUUAGCUUUCUGAUUUAUAACUUUUUACUGCGUUGAUUUCUGUAACGGUUUGGUUUUCUUUCUGAGGGUGGGUGACGGGCGGGGGACGGGUGGGGACAGAGGACGGUUUCAAUCGGGACAGACAGCAGUGCACACUUGGGAGGCUCUUGUUGGGGUGGGGGGCAGCGCCAGGACACACUGAGGUGGGGGCGGGCUGGGAGGUGGGGGCCUGGAGGAGGCAGGUGGGAUGGAGGUGCCGGGAGCGGUGUGGAGGCGAGUCCUGAGGGACGGCCGAGGCCUGUGCGAGAGGCCAGGGCAGGGGGCCCUCUGGGGGCUGUGAGUGCUUUGCUGGGCCCGAAGCUGAGCGGUUGGGGGUCCUUAUGCUUCACUGGUGAGCAGCUCUUUUUCCUUCUUCCUCCCUCCCACCCUCUGCGGUGGGAGGGGCUCCCCUUCCAUCCCAUGCGGGCGUUCCCGCGACAGGUUCCGCAAACCCGUUCCUUUCACAGACAUUCCUGCUAGAAACUCCGACAAAUACCUCUCUAGUUCACAUGCUGCUCUCUCACAUUGCUUCUGGAAGGGGAAGCUGUCCUCAUGUGGAGCUGCUCACAUAGUUGGCAGAGGACCCGUGACUGCCAGGAGGAGCGGGUGGGGUGGGUGCUGCGACUGGCCCAGCCAGAGUCCCUGGGCUGCUGACUCCCUGCUGGGAGGGAGGGGAGGGUGUCCUUCCCGGUCCCAGGACCCACAUCUCCUUCCUCUGGGUUCACUGAUGUUGGGGUGGAUGGCGAUCACGUCCUCCAUGACCCCAAGGAAAAGUACAGAAAACCCAAGAGCAGUCAGAUGGGAUCCUGUUACAGUAGCCCCUGGACAAAGCAGCCUGAGGCAGGGCCUGGAGAUGGAUGGGCAGGGGGUGUUUGACUGCAGGGAGGUGCCCCGACCAGGGCUCAUGCUGGUCUAAGUGAAUUUUGCAGUAAAAAAAAAGUCAGGAAUCCGUGGGGCUGAGCAUGGAAAGUUUACCCACUAGCUAGCCAGCACCUGGAGCUCAUCCCCAGAUGGGCCUCGCCUGGGCACUGCCUCCGUCCUAUGCCGUUUAGCUGAGUAUCUGGACCUCUUCUGGGCUGCAUCUCUUCUCCAGCCUCCUCCAUCUGUUUGUUCUAAGAGCUGAGACCUGGCCAUCAAGCCAGCGACCCCUCCCCACCCUUAAGUCCAAGAUGGCUGGGACCAGGAGUACAGAACUUCAGGUGUGUUCCGGAUCACGUUCUAGGGGGCAUGGGGAGUGGAGAGGAGGGUGGUCUCAGACGGCUGGGCAGAGUAAAGACCGCCUCCUGGGACAGGAGUGGGGGUUGCUGAUGGGAAAGCCUGCCGGUAGGGCCUCAGGUGGAGGAUGGGCUGGUGCGCCGGAGAGCCACCCACCCAGCCCUCUGGCCCUGUCUCCCUGGGAAGGGCUUCAGUGCCUCCCGGGAACCCAGAUCUGCAGAGCCUGGAGCAGAUGGGCCACCAGGCCACCAUGAGGUCCCCUUGACAGACGAGCACUGAAGAGGCACAGUGGGACCUGCUGCGUCAUGAGUUUGUGAUGGGGGUUGUUGAUGCCGAUUAAUGCAAUUUCUAAUUUUUGUUCAAAUCAGCAGCAAAAGCCUAGCGCCUUGGGCGUGUAUGGCCUCCCUGGCGCCCUAGGUGUCUGGAGCGUCACAGGUGUCCUCUGGCUCUGGGACCCUUGCCUCAGUCUCCCUCCUCCUGCCAGCCCCCAACCUCGUCCGUCUGUCCUCAGAGCCUUGUUCACAGUUCCAAAAACUGCCUUCUUGCCUCGCCCUGUGCUUGGCUGUUUGUCACUUGGCUUGGCCCAUGCUGGGCAGCAGGCUCCGGGCACGGGGUUGGAGGCCCUUCUGGGCCCCAUGCGUGUCCUGUAGGGGGGUCCCACCACUGCGCGGAGGGCCUGCCGUGUGAUGUCAGUGGUGGUGGCCCGGCUUCAGUUUCUCCCAGCGACGGCCUCGUGGGCAGAGCUACCAGAGUCAGCCCCCUCCGUGGCGGCCCCUUGCUAGGGCUGGAGCUCCCUGGGGUCUGAUGCAGGCAGAUUGCAGAGUUGACGUCAAAGGCCAAGGUUCUGCAGGUUUCUGGAAGCGCCUGCCUCAUCCUGGCAGGGGAGGUGGGCGAGCAGGGCCGAGCAUGGCCCUUGGAGAGGGACAGGGAGCCCAGUAGGUGCCGACAGCCCCCCCCACCCCGCUGGAGGAGCACAGCCCGUCUCCCUGCCGACAUGGGCCUGCAUCGUGGCCUAUCACUCUGGAAAGGGUGCUGACCCGCCCCAGACCCUCACGCAGGUGUUCUGGCUUGAUUUGGAACCAGGUGGCCAUCCCUCCUUGCGCUGGCCAAAGAGCGGCCCCGGUGGAGGGGAAGGACGUCCCCGCCUCUCCGGCCCCUGCCCACCCGAUGGUGGAGGUGCUAACAGCAGGGACCCGGCAAGGACGGGAGCUGGGGCUGGGUGCCCGGGUCCACUCUGCCCCUUGGCCCUUCAGAGCCUGCCUCUGGCGUUCCCGUUCUCCCAGCCCCCUCUGCCGCGUGAGGCUGAGGUCCAGGCGUGUCCAGGCCUCCCUCCCUGGCCGGGCCCCGUGCAGCCAAGGCCGGGGCUCGAGUCCACAGCCUGCCCACCGGAGCGGCGCGGCCGAGCGGGGACAUGCGUGCUGGUUUCAGUGCACUUUUCUGCUUGCGAUGCCGGAUGUGUGCGCUCCCUUCAUCCUGGUCCUGGCUUUGUGGAACGCCAUGUUUUUAGCAUGUUUUUAAAUAAAAGCUGAUAACGUGCCAACAGCACA